AUGGCAACUCAUGUUGAGGUAGAAAAUGAUCUGUCAGACGCCGACUCAAGUAUUGACGACCAAAUGUCGGCGUAUACGGCAACAUUGACAUCGAGCAUACUCAACUACCCUGUGGAAUAUGGUCGACGCUACCAUGCUUAUCGAUCGGGAUCCUACUUUGCACCGAACGAUGAGUCGCUAAGCAAUCGACCUUUGAAGCACGAGAUCGAUCGGCUAGAUUUUACCCAUACCUUGAUUUUGAAGACUCUUGGCGGCAAACUCUACAUGGCACCGUUGGAAACCCACAAAGUCCAACGAGUUCUAGAUAGUGGAACAGGCAGCGGAAUUUGGGCUAUUGAGAUGGCGGAUAUGCUCGAAAAUGCCGAGAUCAUUGGCAACGACUUGAGCCCUAUUCAACCAGAGUGGGUUCCACCCAACGUGAAGUUCGAGGUUGAUGACAUUGAAAGCCCAUGGCUAUAUCCAUUCAAGUUCGAUUUCAUCUUUAGUAGGUAUUUGGCAGGAGCAAUUGGUGACUGGCCAAAACUAGUGGGGAACGUUUAUGAUCAUUUGAAUUCUGGAGGAUGGGCCGAGUUCCAGGAUUAUGACUUCUUGUUCAAGUCAGAUGAUGCUUCUCUUACGGAAAACCAUUAUACCUGGCAAUGGAACGACCAGUUCGUCAACGCUACUACUAGCAUCGGUCGCGAAUCCCGUCCCGGCCCCAAGCUAGUAGAAUGGGUCAGGAAUGCUGGCUUCGUCGAGGUCCAACAUUUCGUACACAAAUGGCCAAUCGGUCCCUGGCCAAAAGACCCUUACUAUAAAGACCUCGGCAUGUGUAACUUGGUACAGCUUCUAGCAGGGCUGGAAGCAUUCACUUUCCGGGUCUUUUGUGAGGUCCUGGGAUGGCCCAAGGAGAAAGUGCUGGCGAUGCUUGCCAAAGUUCGUGAAGAACUAAAGAGUGACGCGUUUCACGCUUAUGGAAACUUGUAA